AUGGCGACCCCCGUGGGUGGCGUGAGCAGACCUGGAGAUAAACCUUCAUCCUUUAAUUCGACAAGCUUUCAGAAGAAAACAAGAAGCAAGAUUCUUUCCAUACCCGGCACUAGACCUUCGGUUCAAAACGGGCAGCUUUUAGUGUCGACUGGUGUCACUUCACUCGACUUUUUACUCGGUGGUGGAUUAGCAGUUGGAGCAGUACUUCUUAUUGAGGAGGAUCGUUACGAUAGCUACUCCCGGAUGAUUUUAAAAUACUUUCUGGCUGAAGGAGUGGUGUGUCAGCAUGAACUUUUCUUGGCAACAGCUCAGUAUUCUCCAGAUGACAUACUGAAGGAACUUCCAUCCCCUGUUAUGGAUGAUGUCGCUAUUCCUAAACCAGUGGAGCAUCCCAGGAUGUCAUCUGACUCUCAAGAUAGUGUGGACGCAAUGAAGAUAGCAUGGCGCUAUCAGAACCUUCCAAAAGUUCAGAGCACGCUAACAACGUCAUCCCGAUUUGGCCACUAUUAUGAUGUCUCUAAAACGAUGGAGGCAGAAAUUCGUCAGGGAGCAAAGUGCCAUUGCUUCUACCUCCCUGAUCAUCCCUGCGAGACAGCUCCGUCAAACAGUCCAAUGCUGGAGUCCUAUUCGUCUUUGCUAAGGUCACUUCAGGAGGUCAUUCAGAUGGAGGGAUUUGCAGUUUCUGCCUCGUCGGCAAAGUCAAGAAACAUUCUCCGUAUUGGGCUUCACUCCCUUGGCUCGACUCUUUGGGGUGAUGACCUGUGUUGCUGUGACAACCCAAAGCAUGCCCACGCCCUCACAACUUUUCUUUACGGUCUGCGGGCUUUGCUUAGGUCAUCACUGGCUGUGGCUGUAGUUACUGUGCCAUCACAUCUUAUUCAGAACAGAGCCAUAAUGGGGCGAAUAGCCAAGCUGUCUGACACUGCUAUAGCUCUGGAAUCAUUCAAAGGCUCUUUGAAGGAGACCAACCCACUCUAUAAAGAUUACCAUGGUCUGCUGCAUGUGCGACAAGUUCCUCACCUAAACUGUCUGGCAAGUCAAUUUCCCGAUCACAAGGACCUGGCUUUCAAGCUAAAAAGAAAACAAUUCAGCAUUGAGAGACUGCAUUUGCCUCCAGACCUGUCUGAGACCGCGAGUCGUGUGAGCCGAGGGGACGUGCCUGGAGCGGCUAGCGCAGCUUCAGCCUGUGGCCUCAGCACCUCCACAAACAAACCUCUGGAUUUCUGA